AAUUGCCAGCUCUGCACGCGACAGCAAUGACGUCACUUUCCUUAGAGGGUAAACAUAUUUCGGCCAGUUUCGUCGCCUCGGCUGUGUGUUCGUGUUAAUUCCAGCAAUUCUAGUACCCAGACGGCCUCGUUAGCACCGUUAGUUCUUAGGUUCUUGGUCGAGAAACAACGAUCAGGGGUUGCCCUAAGGGCACUUCUUACCGGGGAAGAUGAAGAUGUGCUGCGUCGACGGAUGCAGUGGGUCCAUGUAUUACGGUCUGUCGUUGUUCAAGUUUCCAAAAAGAAUUGAACUUAGACAAAAGUGGAUAGAGCAGAUCAACAGGGCCAACUGGUUGCCGACGGAUUUUCACGUAGUGUGCUCGAGGCAUUUUGAAGACCGCGACAUUGAGAAGAAGCAGAGGCCUCGACUGAGAAAGGGGGCCUACCCAACAUUGUACCUCGAUGGGACGCCGAUUCGUGCGAGGAAAAAAAAACCGCCGUGCAAUCGUGCUGGUGAUGGAGGUCCAGUGGGAACCACUCAAGGAAUCCUCUUCAAAUGCUGCUUCUGCACCUACAUCACGAGAGAUCAGCUUGGAAUCAUCAACCACCUGGUUCAGAGCACUGGACAAGAACUCGCAUGCCAGCAGUGUCCGGAGUCCUUUUCUAAUGUACAGGACUUGGGACGUCGCAUGCCAAUCUGUGAGGAGCAACCUUCUUUUGGCAGCUACUUGUGCCCAGAAGAAAUCCACGGAAGCAGUGACCUGCUUGCUCAUGUGCAGGCUUACAGUGUUGAAAAGCCUUCGGAAUGCGAGCUCUGUCCCCCGUCGUUUCCUGCACUUUUCCAGUCGCGCAGCCUUAUUCGAGCGCAGGCCGAUGAAAAGCCUUACAAAUGCCAGCAAUGCUUUGAAGCCUUUGCUUUGAGCAGGAAUCUGGUGACGCACAUUCAGAGGCAUGCAGCUAUUAUGUCCUUCAAGUGCCCCAUCUGUGCAAAGGCUUUCUCUCAAGAGAAGUGCCUUGCAUCUCAUAUGCGAGUACACACAGCGAUAGAGGGGCCUCACAGGUGCAAACAGUGUCCCAAAACCUACCUUCGGAUGUCAAGUCUGAAGCGACACAUUGAAACUCACGAGGUUGAAAACAAUUGCCAGCAGUGCUCCUGGGGCUUAACUGGGUGCCUUUACAAACACAGUAAAUGGCACACAAGUGAGAGGAGCCUUAAGUAUGUCAGCAUAGCCCCCAAGCCUUUGCUUUGAGUGGUGAAAGGGUCAAGUACACACAGUUAGGACCAAGUUCACCAGGUGGCCGAAGGCUUUUUUUUAGAGAUUUAUAUAAAAGGUGAGAGACCUUGCAACCGCAAGCAGUGUCCCAAAACCUUUACAAGGAUUACAGAUCUGAAUUGUUGCGUUCAAAUAUGCACCGGUGAAAAUUCUUGCAAAUGCCAGCGACACACCCCAAUCUUUGCUUUGAGCAGUGCUCUGAUGGUGCAUUUCUAUGCACAAAUUCAGGACUUACACACACUUGCAAUGUCCCAAGGUCUUUGCUCUGCUCGUAAAUCUGUCCAGGUGCAUUGUAACACACAGAAAAAGGUCUUGAAAUGCCAGUCAAUUUUAUUACUCCACCGGAAAUCGGAUUACGCAGAUAACGCAUGAAAACAUUUUCUAUGUAGUGCCUGAGCAGUCAUGUCCAUACAGGUGCAUUAAUUUGCAUCUAAUUAGUCGAGUUAAUAUGAUUUGUAUGAAAAUCAGAGGCAAGAAAUAUACUUAAUGCAAAGAUGCAUGCAAGCUGGUUAAGAAUGGACUUUUUUUUUUACCCCUGGAAGCAGAAGGACAGGCCAACAUGAAUCACGAGAUUCGUGCUGUCAUGUCCUCUUUCCCCAUCUCCAGGGUUAAAAAAUGUCAAUAAACUAAAUUUCAGCUGUAAGGUUGGGUCAACCAGAUGUGAAGAGACCAAGGCUCGAACGUUCCAUUACGAUGGCACCCUUUCUAGACACAAAGGCCGGGGUGGACUUCAUAGGGCCCUGCCAUAUGUUGAACUACUAUAUUUAACCUUGCAUGGCAUACCCAAAAGACAGGUAUGUGAGAUUCUGGUAAUAAAAUAAUAUAGGAUUAAAAAAAUUUGAGUUCUUAAAAGAAAACUAAAUUCAACCAAUUCGGGGUUCAUUUUCUCAUUAUUGCUUGCAACCACAUCGUUUCCAUAUCAUUGAGCAUCUGUGUUUACCACUGAGUAGUGCAUUAAAAAAGAUUUGCUUGAUCUGUUGCAGAACUGCAUUCCAAGUUACUAAAUACUUGCUCAACUACAGAUUAGCCCCAGUGGCAAUCCACCUUUUUGCAAACAUGUGCUGCCGCCUAGACACGCGAAUGGGUUCGAGACUAUGUGGAUAGAAAACAGCGCGCGUGCAAGGCCUCCCACCCAUUCGGCACUCGAAACAUCGGCUACGUCCUGCUUGUCCAUUUACUCUCGGACCAAUAUGUCUGCAAAAGGUCCAUUGUUAGAUGCCUGAAAAUGAACUGGACACUUGUACACGGUGUUCAUAUUUCGGAAAGACCUUGGGGUACAGAUUCAUCUGGCGUCGCUCUAGGCUGGAGGAGGAGGAGGAGGAGGGGUGAGAAGGAAACUGGGGAAAGCCCCCAGAAAGUUUGUUGUAAAAAAAAAAAAAAAGAGGGGACUUGUAAUUGGGUAGGUCCCCCGCGGAUUUUUUGUGGGUACUUUGUUAGGUGCUAGGAAUGAUCUGUGAGCGAACCAAGGAACUGAGGACGUUCAACGACGCGAUGCGCGCACUUUGGGCGACUACAUACGCCAGAACGUCGCGCCAGGGACCACUGUUUUUACCGAUGAGUGUCGGGGCCGUGUGUGCAUGGACAGUCUGCGAGAUGGCAACGACCUGACAAUGAACCGCUCACAGCACUUUAUCGACCCCGUAACGAAAGCCAAUACACAGCUCAUCGAGCAAUCAUGGGAAAACUCGAAGCUGUACCUGCUCUGAAAGUCGAGGGGCUGCUUUGGGACUGGGUCAGUUCUGGGUAAAAAUUUGUUUUUCAAACUUAUUUAAAACUGGCUGUUUCUAUUCCGCUUACAAAUUGCCACGGUGUGCUCAGCCGAGGGUAUUCAAAUAUUAAUCCCAUUAAUUAUUUGUUGCAAUAAGCGACCAGCGUUUAGUCAAACAUCCAGAAACAGUUUCUAAAUCUGCUAGAACGCCCUAAACACGUGAAAAGAAGAUAUCGCAUUC